AGGCCAAUCUAUUGACAGACGGGUGGGGGAAAGUGUAGGAGAGUGAGCAGGAAAAGUACGUUGCGCGUGUCAGACCUCAGGAAUUGUGCGUGAGUGCAUGCAUGUCCAUCUCAGGGCAAAACAUCAGGAAUGGGAACAGAGUAGGAGGAGGAGCAAGUAGGACAGAUAGCCGUCUGGCUGCAAAACAUCAGCAAUGAGGCUUCGAGUUGAUCGCGUGGGAUGAAGGCCCGAGAAGGAGGAUGAAGCUUGUAUCGCACAUAUUCAGAAAUCCUGUGUACAAUCCCAGAAAAUUCCCACGCGUACUCGUUAAUGCCUGCAGGCGCAGCACAGCCCCCCGCAGCUAUGGUCUGCAAGUAACCCUCCAGAGGGCUGAUCCUUACGCUGAUAACGACGACGGCACCACUCGGUCUCGGUCUCGGCCUCUAGUUGUUCGGUCCAGCAAGCACUGGCAAGGAGCGGUGGCGUUGGCCGGCGGCGACGCCGCCAUUGCCAGCGUGGGGGCUUCUUUCUCUUCUGUCGUCCGGCCUGCUUGUUGCGUAGCGGGCUCGUCUGGUCCUCCGGCGGCGCGAAUAACCGCCAGCAGCGAGUCCGCUGGGCAGCAACGUAAGCAGGCCGUUGCGACAGGCACAUCAAGCGCAUCAGCGGCGGCGGCGGCGGAGAAGGCGCCACGUAGAAGAACCGUAGUAACUGUCGCCGCCGGGACACGUGGCAGGCGAUCCGCCGGUAGUUUUUUGUCGUUUUCCGAGCCUGCGGCCUCGUCGGGGUCGGAGCUUGCCAGCGCUGGUGCGAUUUCGUCCGGAGGGGCGAUGGCGGGAACGACGGCGGCCAGCGGCGGUGCCGAUGGGCGCGCGCUCACGCCCUGGCACCCCGCGGAAGAGACCAUCGUGCUCCCCCCAACGGCGGACCACACGGGGACUAUUGUGUGGCUCCACGGGCUGGGCGACACGGGCCACGGAUGGGUCGACCUGCUCAGAAUGAUUGCCAUGCCCCAGAUCAAGUGGGUCCUCCCUACCGCUCCCAUCCGUCCGAUCGGUCUCAACGGCGGUUUCCCAUCGACGGGUUGGUUCGACGUGAAGGGUUUGUCGGCCGACUCGCCCGAGGACGUGGAGGGGCUCGAUCGCGCGGCGACGUACGUGGCGGACAUUCUUGAGAAAGAGCGGCAAUCAGCGGAGCAAGCUGGCAAGCCAUCCAUCAAACUCGGGGUCGGAGGGUUCAGCAUGGGCGGCGCCUUGUCGCUCUACACUGUCACUCGUAUGGCCGUCGGAUCGCUAAUCAACGGUCAACCGGCGUUGGGCAGAAACACGUUGUCCUCCGCAAUCGCCUUGAGCGGAUGGCUGCCAGCAGCGGAACAUUUGCAGAGUGCGACCAUCCCCGCGGAGGGGAAGGCGGCGGCGGCGGAGCUGCCCAUCUUCAUGGGUCAUGGGAAAGAUGACAUGCUUGUUGCUUGCAAUUGGGGCCACCUGUCUGCGGCUUUUCUUCAGAGAUCAGGAUUUUCCAAAGUCUCGUUCAAGACUUACUCGGGGGUUGGCCAUGGGGUUAACCCCUCCGAGCUUGCUGAUGUCAGGCAAUGGCUGCUGGACAACUUCCCAGCGGCGUCAUGAAUGAUGAGGAGGGAACACAAGCUCCUUUCCCCUUUCGUUCUCUCUCCUGUUUUCUUCCCCCCCCCCCCCCCCCCCCCUCCCCCCCCCUCUCCCCCCCUGCGGCUUCUCUCGCCUCGAUUUCUUUCCCCCUUCUCUUCCCCGCCCCCUUUCCCCAGCUUUUCGUCGCCUUCCCCCCUGCCCCUCCCCCCUUUUCGUCAAUCCCCUCCCCCCCCGGCAGAUCGGUGCUCCCUCUUCAUUUCCCUUGUUCGAUUGGAUUUUUUGUGUGUGUUUGCUUCCACCAUUCGCUGCCUUAAUGCAGGUCCGACUCCUUUUCGUUUUGUUUUUAAUCGAUUUCAUCUCUUUUCUCUCUCUCUCUCCUACUUUCUCCUCUCUUCAGCAACGUUCCCCCCUUCUCUCAAUUUCAUCUCUUUUCUCUCUCUCUCCUUCCUUCCGCGCCGUUUCUCUCCUCUCACAUCCUGCUUCCGAUCUCUUUGUCAUCCCCUCGCGUUACUCACGGUCUGUGUGCUUUUUUGCACCCCCUCUCCUCCCAUCCCCGGCUACCCUUUCACUUUCUUCGCGCCCCUCCUCCCGCCCCUCAAACAAAUCUUCCGCCCCUCUCCCCCCAACCCUGCUCUCGUGAAACUUCUUUGACCCGUAUAUUACAUCCCUGACCCCUUUAUCUCCCCCCCUCACGCCCCUUUUUCCCUAAUAUCCACUUCUUUAAAAGACUAUCGCGGGGAAAAAUGAUGACAUGCUAGUAGUGAAUUCACAACCGGGGGCAUGUUUUUCUACCUCCGUGGAAUCUCCUUUGACCCCUAUAAUGCAUCAUCCCCGGCCUCCGGCCUCACGACUCCUUCCUAUCCUUCUCUAGUAAUUCGCUCCCUCACGACUCCUUCCUAUCCUUCUCUAGUAAUUCGCUCUGCACUGACUCUCUCGCUUGCCCUCUCGUGUUCUUUCCUUUUUUCUGGAUCGGCUUUGCUCUCGUGGACCCCCUCAGUAUUACAUCCCCGAUCAUCUCACUUGCCUCCUCGUCUUCUCUCUCUUUCGUAUCGGCUUUUUUUUUUUUUUUUGUUUUGUUUUUUUCGUAUCGGCUCUUUUUGCUCCGAUGGAACUCCUAUCAAAUUUGCUUUUCUUCGUCCGUCUUCACCCUAGUUCUUGUCGUUUGCCUCCACUCUGUUUCUCUUCGCUUGCCGCCACUCUAUUUCUCUUCUUCGUUUGCAUUCUCGUUGUUGCAGUCGUUUGCAUUGCCAUUGUUGCACUGGGUUCUGAUAUCCUAUUUCUCUUCUUCGUUUGCAUUCUCAUUGUUGAAGUCGUUUGCAUUGCCAUUGUUGCAGUGGGUUCUGAUAUAUAUCUCUUGGCUGUAACCAUAGCAGGGUUUUGUCUGUUCGAUUGUGUGGGUGAGAGCCUAUUUUUAGCUUCCUGCAUGUUAUAGCUUUGCUGGUCUUGGCCUUUUUUUUUUUUUCCCCCUUUGCCCUUACUUUGUAGAUGGGUUUGGCUGCGUGAUAUGCAUGCUUGGUGCUUUUUCUCUCUGCUCUUGUCACGAUAAUAAAUGGCGGUAGUGGACCGUUGGAUUAUGUCCGGUUGCAUCUCGGAUUGAACUGGAUGCGAUUGCAAUUGCUUCGGUCGAAUCUCAUUUCUCUGCGAUCGGACAUGGUCUGGUCUCUCUUGUCAUGCAUGGGAUGUACUGACAUCGUCACAUCUUGAUUGGUUCGGUUGGUUGCUCGACUGAUGAUUGAUUGGUCGUUUGGUUGGUUCGUAUAAUCAGUUGUUCGUUAAUUGAUUGAUCUCGCGGUGGAUUGGUUGGUUUACAUUUUUUGACCGAUUAAUGCAGCCACGUUGUGUCCUGCAGCAUGGCUGAGUUGUCUCUUCUUUGGUCCUGUCAAUGGAGUUCUUCAUUCAUGUUCGUCUGAUCUAUAAAUAGUCGUCCUCAUGCUAUCAUAACGGCCAUGGUGAUCUUAUGAUGAUGAUGACGAUGACGAUGAUGAUGAUGAUGAUGAUGAUGAUGAGGAGGAGGAGGAGGAGGAGGAGAGGAGGAAGAUGUGCGUGAUGAGCUUAUGAUGAUGAUGAUGAGGAGGAGGAGGAGGAGGAGGAGGAGGAAAGGAGGAAGAUGUGCUUGAUGAGCUUUUUGUUUGGGAUUCUACAACAUGCAUGUUAUUGUUGAUCCCUACCGUCUUCCUCCGAACACUGCAUCGAACCAGAAACAUAGCUUGUGUACAUUCAUUUUCGGGGUGGUUUAUGCUCGAGGGAAGACGGUAGUUGAUGGACGAGGUUGGCAUUGUAUCCUUCGUUGACUGUGAUGAUGACAACACAACAUUGCCGGCAUUGCGUUGAAGAGGAUGGUUUAAACUGCUCAGUGGACCUGACCCUCUUUUGUCCGAUGGGGGAAUUUUGCCCGCGCCCUAAGGCAGUGUGCAAAUUGGCUGGCGCUGGCAGCCUUUUCGUGGUCCCGACACCGAGCCCUUUCCAUG